GCGCCAUUUUAUCAAAAUUAAUUAUCAUUUUGCUAAAAUCAAAGAAAUUCUGUACUUCUCUCCUCUUUUCUCCUCUCUUUCUCCAGCAGCAGAAAUGUCAUCAGAGUUCAGCCCAUCUUCUAUCAGCCCUAUAGAUGAAAUUUCAGCUGACGACACAUUCUCUGACAUCAAGAAAGAGCUGAUCUUCGACACACCUGUAUUCAGACAAGGAACCACUAAAGCCCAUCACCCUAUAGAAGUAUUCCUCCGUGUGAGACCACCGCCUCCCCAGCCAUUGGGAAACACCAAAUCUUUUCUAACGAUUAAAAACGACAGUGUCUGCACAGCAGUGCCUCCUUCCUACUCCAAGUGGUCAGCAAAGGCUUCCAAUGGAGAGCAGUUCAUGUUUUCAAUGAUAUUCAAGAAGGACUCGACGCAGAAAGAGGUUUUUAAGACGGCCGUCGUUCCAGUACUUGAGGAGUUUUUCAAAGGACAGAAUACCCUCCUCCUGGCAUACGGAGUGACCAACUCUGGGAAAACCUACACUAUGACAGGCUCGCCCACGCAGCCUGGUAUCUUGCCACGGACUAUUGAUGUUAUUUUUAACUCUCUUGGCCCUCACCUCUCCUCCUCUGAUGAUGUACAAAUCAAACCUCAAGCAUAUUCUAAUGUCACCUACCUGAAUGAGGAAGAAGCUGCAAUAGAGAAAACUAUAAAAGAAGAGCUCCUGAAGCAAGCUAAUCCUCCUCCUCCCGCUCCUCCCCCUUCUGCUGAAGUCAGUAAUGCCAGUUCAUUGUUUGAGCAAGCAUCUCACAUCAGUAAUGAUAAUAAUAAUAAUACAACUGAUAAUAAUACUGGCCUAACUGAUGUCACUGCUAUGACUGAUGAUACUUGUAGUAUGAUGGCUAGUAUCAUGAGUGAGUAUGAAGUUCAAGAGGACACUACGUUACCAGUAGACACACAGAACGAGUCUGUGUUCUUCUCCAUAUUCAUCUCCUAUGCUGAGAUCUAUAAGGAUUUCAUAUACGACCUGCUAGGAGAGAAGACACUCCACGAGAGACCGAUUUUACGACUGGCGGCUGAUAAAAUUGGAAACCCAUACAUUAAAGGACUUCAUGAGGUUCAGGUGGACAAUGCCAAAGAAGCGCUGCAGCUCUUAAGGAUUGGCAUGUCUCGACGUCACAAUGCAGCCACUAGACUUAACUACAGCAGCAGCCGCAGUCAUAGUAUCUAUACAAUUAAGCUGGUUCGGAUUGUUAAGGGUAACAGAAAAAGGAAAGCAGCUGGAGUGAAUCGUAUAUCAGUAGUGGAUCUUGCUGGUAGCGAGAGGAGCAAGAAGACAGGUGCUUCGGGCAUUAGGAUAAAAGAAGCCGGCUCCAUUAACAAUUCUCUACUCGUUUUGGGUCAGUGCAUUGAAGCAAUGAGACACACUGGGAGGCAGAGGUUUGAUCCAAAGAUAUUGCCACCGUUUCGUAACUCCAAGCUAACCCAACUCCUCCAGACGUAUUUUGUCGGUAAAGAGAGAGGAGCAAGACAAGGACGGAUUGUAAUGUGUGUCAAUGUUAGCGAUGAUCCUGCAGUCUUUGAUGAAACAUUUCAUGUACUCAAGUUCUCAGCACUGGCCAGUAAAGUUGUACCAGUUUCUAAACCAGUUUUACCUCAGAUACAAGAAGAGCCUCCUCCACCGGUAAUAGAAUACAUAAGAGAUGAUGAGGAAAUUGUUAGAUUGAAAGAGUCAUUGGCUACAAUGGGAAAGGAAGUGGCCCAGUUAAAGCUCCAGUUAUGGGAGCAGCAUUACACCAUAAGGCAGCAAGUAGCACAGGAAUAUAACGAGCAGAUAGUCGAAAUAGAGGAAAAAUACAAUCGUGAGAUUGAUGAACGUGAAGAAAUGAUGGAGGAAGAGAUUGAGAAGAGGCUGGCCGUGCAGCAAAAGUCGAUGAAGAAACUUUAUUCGACAAAAAGAAAGCGAGCUCGUGUAGAUGACGAUGGAGGUGACAGGCAAAAAGAAUUAUUGGAUAAGAUCUCUUUCUUGGAACAAGAGUAUAAGAACUUAGAGGAGGAGCUGGAAAUGGAGCGUUCUAAAAAUGCUGAAGUUUUGAAGGAUGCUUCACUUACUUAUCAAACUAAUAUGACAAGAGCCCAUGAGAAAAUGAUGGAAAUGAGUACAAAAAGUAUUGGAUUGAAAGAAAAACACGAACAAGACAUUUUUGAACUUGAGGAAAGUUUGACAAAGGCUCAAGUAGAAUUUGGAGAGAGGGAGCAAGUUUUGAACAGUGAAUGUAGGAAGCUCAGAGAAGAAAUCAAGGAGAAGGAUCGUCUUUUAGAAGAGACACGUGCAAAACUACAAAUAAUGGAAGAACAGGCUCUUGAAGCAACAGAGAAAGAAAGAAAUUCUGAUAAUAAGCAACAAGUUCUUGAUAAUAUGAACAGUAGAUUAGCAGCCCUUGAGAAAGAACUUGAUAAUAAAGAUGAUGCCCUCACAGAGAAAGAUAAAAUGAUAGAAAAACUAAAGGCAAGUUUGGAAGGGGCCAUGAAAGAGGUUUCUGGGAAAGAUGACCUCUUACAGAGCUUGAGGCAUAAUGAACUCAAAAGUAAAGAUCAAAUGUUAGUGGAACUGCAGAAUAAGCUGACACUAAUGGAGAGAGAGAAAAAAGACCUCUCAAAAGAAUCCAGUACUAAUUCACAUGCUGUGACUGAGCUUAAGGAAAGCUUGACAAAGGCACAAGAAGAGCUCGUUAGUCUUAAAGAAUCUCAGGCUAAUGAACUAGAUGAGUUUCAAAGAGACUUAAAAGAAGUGAAAAAUAUGCUGGUUGCUAAAGCUGAGGAGUUGUGUGUUGCUCUGGCAGAGAAAGAAAAUCUUGUUGCUGACUCAAAGGUUCUAUCCAGUCUCCAUAAAGAGCAAAUGGAGGGUAUACAAACUGAGCUAAAGAAAUCUCAAGAUGCACUAUGUCUUUAUAAGAAGGAAGCUGAGGAGGAGAGGGAGUGUUUAUUAAAGAAAUCUCAAGCCAGCUUGGAGGAGAAGGAACAGUUUAUUACUGAACUAAAGGCUUCCCUUGACAGUGAGAUAGAGAAAUCAAUCAAGAAAGAUUGUCUCCUUAAGGAAUUGAGAGCUGAUUUUGCUCGUGUACAAGAAGAAUCAAAGAAGAAGCUACUGGAGUCCAGCAAGAGCUUGGAAGAGAAAGAUAAAGAAUUGGCAGAACUGGGUGAAUCUUUGAAACAAGUUAAGGAAGAGCUCUCUGCUUCAAAAAUGAAAGAAUUGGACCAAGUAAAGAGCCUAUUAGCGGACCAGAGAGUUAGACUGGAUCCUUACAGUACAUGCAGUAGUACUGAGAAUAUAUAUGAUCUUCCACCUGAAGAAGAUGAUGAUGAUGAUGUUCAAUCUGCAUGCGAUAGUAGGGAUGUACAUGCAGAGCCAUUAUAUGAUUCUAUUCACAUUAGCAAAAGUGAACCCUCUCUUGUGCUGAAUCAAGAUGAGACUCUUAAAGAGAUGGACCUUAAUGAAACUGGCAGACAUCUCAAACUGCUAGAAAGGAGCUCCCAACUUGAGGAUUCUUUUGAUGAUGAUGAUGAUUUUGAAAAGACUCCAAUUCGGUUUAAUAUGAAAGAUAUACAAAGGAAAAAGCCAUCGAAAUCCAUGAAAAAGAAGCCAAAAGAAAAGAAGGCCAAAGAGAAGCAGAAAACAACUGCAGAGUCUACUCCUGAUGCUAGCUCUCAACGUUACAAUCUAAGGACAAGAAAGACUAAAGUUAUAUCAUCGGACUUUGUAUCUGACUUAGAUUCAAAUGAGAAUACACCUUUAGCUGCUGCACCAACGCCUACCACUCCUGUCAAAACUAUUGUUGAUUUUUUAAAAGGAGGUAGGAGUAAAUCUAAAAGAGGGGCAGCUAAAGUGUCUGCAUCACUAGAUGUUGUUGAUACACCUCCUCCAAGACCUAGUGGCUUUCAAGUGAGGGCGGGAACUAAUUUGAGACCUACUUCUAGACUAAAGUGAUGGAUCCAUUGAUUAUUGGGAGACAUGGUCAUUUCAUUAUAAUGUUACUACAGUGUACCUUUUAUAUCAUAUUAGCUACUAAUGUUUAUUAACAUCUUUAAAUCUUAAAAA